AGGUCAGCGGCCACUCGCGCUCCCUCCUCCUCAUAGAAUGUGGGAGGGACGUUGCGGGACACCGGUGAGGAGCUUCAGCAUGGAGCUUCCGCCAACCCUGAGGGGAAUCGGGGGGCUGGCGUCCGCACGCCCCGGAAGCCGAGCUGGGAGGAAAGCCUCCCAGGGCGGCGAUCUGCAGAGAAGCAGAGCUGGUUAGGAGGAAGAAAUCGGCUCGACAGCCCCAAGCCCGCGCGUCCCCCGCGCCCUUCGCGCCCCCGCUCGAGCGCGAGCCGCCGGCGGAAGUGCUGCGUCGCGCUUCCGGGUGUUGUCUGGUCGCCGCCACCGCGCGUCUGUGGACUCCGGGCCACUGCCGCCGCCGCCGCCGCCUUGGGUCUUGGAGCCAGGAGCGACGUCACCGCCAUGGCCGGCAUCAAAGCUUUGAUUAGUUUGUCCUUUGGAGGAGCAAUUGGGCUGAUGUUUUUGAUGCUUGGAUGUGCCCUUCCAAUAUACAACCAAUACUGGCCCCUCUUUGUUCUCUUUUUUUACAUCCUUUCACCUAUUCCAUACUGCAUAGCCAGAAGAUUAGUGGAUGAUACAGAUGCUAUGAGUAAUGCUUGUAAGGAACUUGCCAUAUUUCUUACGACAGGCAUUGUUGUCUCAGCUUUUGGACUCCCUGUUGUAUUUGCCAGAGCACAUCUGAUUGAGUGGGGAGCUUGUGCACUUGUUCUCACAGGAAACACAGUCAUCUUUGCAACUAUACUGGGCUUUUUCUUGGUCUUUGGAAGCAAUGACGACUUCAGCUGGCAGCAGUGGUGAAAGAAAUUACUGAACUAUUGUCAAAUGGACUUCUUGUCAUUUGUUGGCCAUCCAUGCACACAAGAGAUGAGGCAGCCAUGCUGAAUGGGUAUAGCAAGCCUCUUGGGGGUAUUCUAGGUGCUCCCGUCUCACUUUUAUUGUAAGCAUACUAUUUUCACAGAGACUUGCUAAAGGAUUAAAAGGAUUUUCUCUUUUGGAAAAGCUUGACUGAUUUCACACUUAUCUGUAGUAUGCUUUUUGUGGUGUCCUGCUGAAUUUAAAUAUUUAUGUGUUUUCCCUGUUCAGUUUUUUUUUUUAAUCAAUAUGCAAUGUUAAACAUUUUUUAAAUGUAAUAACCAUUCACAUUGGUUAGGAAUUAGAUUUCUGCAGGCUGUUACUGGGCUAAAGUAUAUUUUUUUCUCAAAAUUAUUUAACUUUUCAUUAUUACAAAAAGUUAUAAAAGUAAGUUUUCAAUCAGUCAGGAUGACAUCAUUCCCAAUUUUAUGCAAACAUUCAGACUGUUGGCAUACCUUACAGAUUAUAUACUCAGUGCAAAUAUAGCUGCAUUUAUACCUCAGAGGGGCCAAGUAUUAAUGCCCAUGCCCUCCAUAAGGAUUGCUGGGUUUGCCAGUAAGCAGGUGUUUUGUGAAUUGAAAAUUAUUUUAUGGAAUUGCUACAAAGCAUUGCUUUUCUUCUCAAUUGUUAGAAGAACUUUUUGUUAAACUUUAAGGUAAGGGUAUGAAAACAGAUUUUGACAUGGUUUUUAUUUAUGUUUAUAAUAGUUAGAGUGAGUUGCAUUGUGGGGGGAAAUGAUGUUGAAAUUCUGUUUUUUGAAUCCUGUUUCUAUUUAUAAGUGAUCUUUUGGAUCUUCUAUCGGCCUUUCAUGUUUAACCAUGGGUAAGAUGGACAUUCAUGGAACUACUACUGAUAAGGGAAAAUUGUGUGUUUGCGUCAUACAUACCAGAAAACCUUUCCCAUAUCCCUCCUUUUAACUUAUUUUAUAAGAUGUAUAUAUUAAGUAAAGUAACUUUUCAGAUGUAGUUUAACAACACUUUAAAUUAGAGGUGUUGAGCUCACCUGGAAAGGAAUUGCUAUGCCAUACAUUCAGAGUGCCCACUGCCUCACAAGGCCUUGACAUGAUUAGCAAGUGACUUGUUAGUCUGGCAGAUAAUUCAUGCAUUAACAAUUUAAGAUUUAGACCACGGUAAUUAUAGUUCUUAUUCUCUAAGGUUAUAUCAUAUGUAAUUUUAAAAUAUUUAAGACACGUUUCCUGUAUACCUCUCAGUUGGUUUGAUUUUUAACUCAUCAUGAUAGAUCUGCUGUUUACUUUUAAUGGCAUUUAUUGUGUGAAUUAAUGCAAAAUAGCCAAAUCCAGCUGUACAGCAGCUUCAGACACAAACCCAACCCAAAAAUUUCCAGUAACCAGGCAUGAUCAAAUUGUAGUGGUUAUUUGCAGCUCACAAUUAUCCAUACUUUUUUCAGGAGCUAGCUAUGAAAAUGUUCAAGUUGGUCUGACAGUAUUUUGUUAAGGAUAUUUGUUUGUAUGUUUAUUCAGUAUACUUACAUAAAAAUUGUUUUGCCUUGAGACAAAAUUGAGUAAUCAUGACAGCUAUCUUUUGUUGUUUUAUAAAGUUUAUUUCUCAAGAAAAUGGGAACAAAUUUUGGGUUUGUUUAGCUGUUUACUAAAGAUGGCUAAAAGCCACAGGUUUUAUAACUGAACCCAAGUUGUUACUUAUAGUUGUGAGAUGGGAGGCAGAAUGAAAUACCUGCUUGUGGUUGUCCCAUUUACAUGUUAGGCUGAAAAUAGCUUACAGUGUUAUAAUGUACACUUGAAGAAGAAGGUACAGGUACACAUGAAUUAGCUGGUGAAACAGUUGGGAACUCAGUGCCUGUGAUUUACUCAAUUCUUUGGGCAGGAAGUACAUUCUCUGGUCCUCCCCCAUUUUCUGUUCUAGAAUGUCAGUGCAGUGCACUGCAACUGUUUUAUUCACUUGGCCAUAGACUCUUUUUCUAAAGCUGCAUAUUCUUUCUGUAUACUAAUUGCAUUGGCAGCAUUGUGUCUUUGAUCUUGCACACUAGCUUGACAUAGUGCUGUCUGAUUUCUAGGCUAGUUACUUGAGGUAUGAAUUUUCCAUAGAAUAUGCACUGAUACUGCAUUGCCAUUGUUCUAUGGAAAGAAAACUUUUGAUGAUGAAACAAUAAAGAUUUUAAAUAUCUAUUUU